GGGCCCUGCCCCCCGCCUCUCCCUGGCUCGAAUGUCUCCUCCACUGCCGGCCCGGGUGGACUUCUCCCUGGCCGGGGCACUGAACGCUGGCUUCAAGGAGACCCGGGCAAGUGAGCGGGCAGAGAUGAUGGAGCUCAACGACCGCUUUGCCAGCUACAUCGAGAAGGUUCGCUUCCUGGAACAGCAAAACAAGGCACUGGCUGCCGAGCUGAACCAGCUGCGGGCCAAGGAGCCCACCAAGCUGGCUGAUGUCUACCAAGCGGAGCUGCGUGAACUGCGGCUACGUCUAGAUCAGCUCACGGCCAACAGCGCCCGGCUCGAGGUCGAGAGAGACAACCUGGCACAGGACCUGACCACUUUGAGGCAGAAGCUUCAAGAUGAAACCAACCUCAGGAUGGAGGCUGAGAACAACCUGGCUGCCUACAGACAGGAGGCAGAUGAAGCCACCCUGGCCCGUCUGGAUCUGGAGAGGAAGACUGAGUCACUGGAGGAGGAGAUCCAAUUCUUGAGGAAGAUCCAUGAGGAGGAGGUGAGGGAGCUCCAGGAGCAGCUGGCCCGACAGCAGGUCCAUGUGGAGCUGGACGUGGCGAAGCCAGACCUCACGGCAGCCCUGAGAGAGAUCCGCACGCAGUACGAGGCAAUGGCGUCCAGCAACAUGCACGAGGCAGAGGAGUGGUACCGAUCCAAGUUUGCAGACCUGACCGAUGCUGCUGCCCGCAACGCAGAGCUGCUCCGCCAGGCCAAGCACGAGGCCAAUGACUACCGGCGCCAGCUCCAAGCCUUGACCUGCGACCUGGAGUCCUUGCGCGGCACGAACGAGUCCCUGGAGAGGCAGAUGCGCGAGCAGGAGGAGCGCCACGCGCGGGAGGCGGCGAGUUACCAGGAGGCGCUGGCCCGACUGGAGGAAGAGGGACAGAGCCUCAAGGAUGAGAUGGCCCGCCACCUGCAGGAAUACCAAGAGCUGCUCAAUGUCAAGCUGGCCCUGGACAUCGAGAUCGCCACCUACAGGAAGUUGCUGGAGGGCGAGGAGAACCGCAUCACUAUCCCUGUGCAGACCUUCUCCAACCUGCAGAUCCGAGAAACCAGCCUGGACACCAAGUCCGUGUCAGAAGGUCACCUCAAAAGGAACAUCGUGGUGAAGACCGUGGAAAUGCGGGAUGGAGAGGUCAUUAAGGAGUCCAAGCAGGAGCACAAGGACGUGAUGUGAGGCAGGCCCCACUUGGGGGCCCCUGUCCCCAGCCUGCAACAGAAGGAUAGUUCCCCUGCUCUGAUAGCUGACAGCCCCAGACUACUCCAGACCCCGGUUCCCACCCACCCCAGCUCCCCCUCCUGUCCCUUCACCAGCUUGCUACCCUAGGAUCUGUCAGCAUUAGGCCUGCCAGACGGCACCCACCCCACACCCAGCAAUUCCAACUAACAGGGUGCUUGCCCUGAAUAGGUAGCCUCGAGGGGCGUGGCCAGCAGCUCAGAGGAAAGAAGUUGGGGAAUGUAGAGGGACAUGAUAAAUCACCCUCCUGCAUUCCCGAUCCCUGUUGUUAUGGCAACUGUUGCCAGAGCUGGAGGUCUCUCGGGGUCUCUAGGAAUUGGGCGUUUGAGCUUCCUCAGGCUGCUGGAGGCAGAGAGAGACUCUGAGACAGGAAGGGGAAGUCUCUGAAGGUAAGGGAGCCCUGGCCAGAGGCUUGUUGUUUUAAACUGACCCUGACAAGCUGAAGAACGGGUGGGGAUGUCCUGCCACCUGUGUGGCCCUGAGCCUGCCCAGAUCCCAGAGGGCCUUUCUGAGUGAUGAUUCAAGUGCCUCAGCCCCGCUGAGGUGCCGUGCAGGGAGCCAGUCUGUGGGCAAGCUGUGGGCACGUGGGAGCCUGAUUCUCAGCACUUUGGGGGAUGUGCAGUGAAAGUGGAGAGGGAAGGGGUGCUGGGAGGGAGCAGAGGGGCCUGCUUGGCCCCUGAGGAGGGUGCAGAGGGGUCAAGCCCUGGAGGGCCCUCACAUGCAGGCUGCAGGGGGCGCUAGUAGAGAUGGUGGAGGAGGCCGUCAGGACAAGAUCACCAUCAAUGUCGAUGUAGGGGGUUGGGGGGAACCAGUCACACGUGGGAUGUGACUCAUCCUCUUGAAGGUGCUGAUACAGGACAGAAAGGGCUGCUGCCCACGGGGGCAGGCACAAGUUCCUCCUGCUCUAGACUUCUUUGCUGCAUCGUCCCUGUCCACCCAGACCUCAGAGCCCCUGGACUGCUACCUGCCGACCCAGCGAUGCCACCAUCAUACAUCUGACCCUCGCUCGCUACCCCAUAAUGACCAGCUGCUUUUUCCCUGAAAGUCAAGGGCUCCUUGUGGCCCCCUCUUACUCACACACAAGAUAUGUGUAUUUUAGGUACACACUAUUUUAUAAUUGGAGAAACUGAGGCCCUAGCUGAAUGAAGACAGUGGCUUGUACUCCACAGCCUGGAGGCAGGGCACUUGCCCUGCUUCUCAUGGGUAGACUGGUGGGCACAGGGCUGGUGUCUGUGCCA